GUGGAGUCAACGGACCUUUCACUGUACAGUGUUGUUGAGAAUGACCGUGCCAUUCCACCCAAGACAGCCGCCAAGCUUGUUGCAUCCGUGCCAAAUGCAUUGCCGAUCGCCGCCGCAUGGGCAUCCGGUUCGUCCCAGUCCGUGUACAGAGAUGCAGCCGAUUGUACAGAUCAGCCGUGUACAGAUUAUUUGCGGAAUUCCUCAUGCACACCAACCAUGACGCACCCACAAGACAAACACAAGGAUGAAGAGCAACAGCAUGAAGAUGAUCUUACCAACAACGUUGUUUAUCACCCCAACGGAGCUGUUGUGACCUUUUUCAACAUUCACCAACAACAGUUGCAACAAAAGAACAGCCAUGACAAACAUACUGCCACUGCUCAAGCACAUGCAACAACCCCUGAUCCUUGGGAGCAUGAUGAUCCUUGGAAAGGGAAACUGAUCAUUCCCCAAAAGAACAACACUGACAUGCAGCCCUUGACUGAUAACACAACCAAACACCAGUCUUCAUUUCCACAACAUGCGAGCAAAGCUGAUGUUGAAGCCAACAUAUCACCACCUUCGGAGUUGUUCAUCCAGCAUGAAGCACAGCAAGCCUAUGAGCAAGCCAUCCUUCCAUAUGCCACCAAAGGGGGAGCACCAGAGGACACAGCAAGCUGCAUUGCCACACAGGUGACAUUAGAUGCCGACAAGGUCGUCCUGGUUGUGCACAGGCUUGAACACCUCCAUCGAAUCAAGGUUCCUGGUCAUGCCACUGUAGGGCAAAUCGUCACUGCAGAAGCCAAGUUGCAUGACUUGCCACCACCGACCAAGGCCAUGUCGAUUGUUGGUACUCACAUUCCUGUUUAUGUUGUACCUCAGCAUGAACAAAUUAUCUUGCUUGAAGAUGGCAACAAGGAGUGUAUCUGCAAAUGCCCACAAUUCAGUGACGUCAUGCCACCUGAAAUUCAAGGGCUAGAACGCAUUGUUGCUUUGUGGUCUCAAAAAGGUUGGGUUGCUAACGACGAGAUGACGUACUACAUGAAGAUGCUCAAAAAUCAAGACUUUGCAAACACAACUGACCCACUGAUCCUUGCAGGAACGCCAGAUGACCAAGAAGUCCUUGCCGAAUGGGUCUUGACAGCAUCAGAGAAAGCAGUGCAAUCCGGAGUACCAUUGUGCGUACACACAGCAUGCUUACGGAACAAUCACUGGUUCCCAGUCAGCGCCAUGUUUCGUGACGACACCAUCAGUUUGCAUACCACAGUCGAUGAAAAAGACAUGGUUGCAGAAUGGAUUGAGUCCGCCCUCGGUCAUCAUAUUACAUGUCAUGCACACGUCAUUGGCUCAACUUUCCCAGCAGAUUGUGGCUUUCAGGCACUGGCAUGGAUCCUCAACAAAGCAGCUGGAGAAGUCCGAACCUGCCCCAUGCAGAUACCAGAAGCCAUACAGUGGAGAUUGCUCUUUGCCCAGCACCUAGUCAAUCAGAAAGCAGACAAACGCAUUACCUCCAAACUGUUGCUGGGAGGAACAACAGCAGAAGCACAUGUCCAAGAGAUUGCCAAUAUGCUUAAUGAACAUGGAGUCAGCAGCCAAAGGAUUCCGACAGUAGUUCAGCAGCUCGUCAAAAGCCUUGGACAUGCGAGUCUCAAAGCAACCGUAGGAUCUGCCAGGCCUUGGGCCGAUCUUAAAGCCAAAGCAACCGCCAGCAAGCCGCCAAUUCAACUUGUACUUGCUGAGGAGCUUCAAGCCAAAGUAGCUGAGCGCUUACAGACAGGUAAACCAAUGGGUAGUCGGAAAAACAAAGCCAACAAGAAACCACCAGCCGAGAAAUGGGUCACUCCUGCAGCUGCACAGGUUCAGAUCCCACCAGGCAUUUUCCAGCAACAGGAUGGUACUCCCUUGGUACAAGUGAACAUCAAUGAGAUUCAUGUCAAACAGAGAGGUGUGGUUGUUCUCAACAUCCAAGAUGCAAAGCCGUACCUGCACUUACAUGCCCCAUUGAGCAAAGAAGGGAUUGGAAUGCUUAUCCUGGAUUUUCAAAGUGAUGAACUCCCGACACAACACCAAGUGAUCAAGUUCCCAGCCAACUGCCCUGAGACACAGGAACCUAUGAUCCUGACGGCAGCAUUGGUCCAACUAGGAGCACAAGCAGUGACACGCCUCAUGCCAGCGCAACCUGCAGGAAUCGAGCAAAUUGAGACCAAGGUUGUGAGAGCGGUGUUGUACAAAGACCAGUACCCGAACGCAUGGGAUGCUUUGGUUGCCAAGCCAGUGAAAGCCAUGUUGACCAUGGAUCAUUUCUCCCAACUUGAGUCAUCCGACAUCCUAGAUGUUUGGGAUAGACAGUUCCUCAACAAGCAAUAUCAACGGGUGAGGCCAGACCAAGCUGACCUGUUCUCUGUUGUUUUCAGGCUCUCGGCAGACAAAGCAUCACAGGUCAUGACUCACAAUAGUGUGGAUGGGGUGUUCUUUGAACCCAGAACUGAGUCAGGAAGAGAGCCAUGCUGUCUUCACCGCAUAGUAUGGCUGCCCAAGAAGAGCUUUGCAGACACUGUGGUUGCCAAACAAGCCACACCAGUUGAAACUGCAAUCGCAAGAUCCGGAGAUCGUUUUGGACUCAGAGUAAACAAAGCAGAAGCACAGCAAGUUCACCAGCAACACCGGCCGGACAUUGCAUACUUAGAUGGAUCCACAACCAAACAGUAUCGCAUUGCUCCAUUGCCAUUUGGCACCACGAAGAAGUCCUUACAGCAGGUGUUUGGUACCUGGGGAUGGAAUGCUAGAGCAUCACACACCCAAGGAUUGACACCAGAUAAGCAGGGACUAGUUUGGGUCGCACUUGCCACGGAAGCCCCUGAGUUUUGGGUCUUCACCAUGGUCCAUGGGGAUGUCCUUUUCAGUGAGCACAAUGUGCAAAGACAAUCCCAAGCGCAGCCGGUAGGAGCUCCUGUGGCAUCCUUCAAAACAUUGAAACACCUGACAAUCACCGCCAAAACGCAGCAAGGAGGAGAAGAUGCAGCCAAGGACCCUUGGCUCAUGCAUGACCCAUGGUCCACAGCAUAUGCAGCUCAGACCAAGCAGCGUGCUCCUUCUGCCAGCCAACUUGCCGCCAUUGAAGCCAAUGUACAUAAGAAAGUCAUGGCAUCCGUCCAAGAGAAGAUUUCCCAAGAAAGACAGCCUGACAUGGACAUGGACACAGGUGGUGACUCCAGAGUUGCACAACUUGAACAACAAGUUUCAAUGUUGACCAGCAAUGUCCAACACAUCACCGAAUCUUUCUCUGAGUUCAAGCAUCAGCAGACCACGCACAACAGCCAGGUUGCUCACCAAGUCCAGGCACUGAAGCAACAGGCCGACCAACAACAGCACACAAUGCAGAGCCUCCUCGAUCAAAAAUUGGAGGAGCAAAUGACCAGAAUAGAAGCUUUGCUAACCAAUAAAAGGCCGAAAACGGCCGAAUGA